AUUUCUUCUAUCUUAUGAAAGUAACCAAUAAUGUAAAAAAGAUGUAUUGCGAUAUUGCGACUGCGGCUAGUCUUUGCUAUAGGAUGGUGACCUCCUUGGUUGGGUUCUUGGGUUUUGGACACUCAGUUGAUGUACAGACUGUAAAUGGCAGGGAUUACACUGUGAAUGGGUGUGAUUACAACUGGCUUGCUAGUCUUGGUCAGAUUGCUAUAUUUAUGCGCGAUCCAAUUCGUCAUGGCCUUCAAAAAAACUUUUGCUUGUCUGAAAGAGAUUGCAGUUUUGCUGUAUUUCUCUCAAUUACCUGUGGAGAAAUGGUUAGACUCUGAUGCCAUUUCCAAAUUAAUUAUUGAGAACUCACCAAGCCCCAAGAAACAAGCCCACAAAGUCCUGACUUCUUUUGUGUCGGAUUUAAACAAAAUCAAAUGUAACAAACACACACUACGGCAACAUGGUGGAUAUGUCAGGUACAGCCAGUAUGGUGGAUAUGUCAGGUGCAGCAAGUAUGGUGAAUUUGUUAGGUGCAGCAAGUAUGGUUUAACUUGGCUAAUUAUUGCGGUGAUGUUAUGAAAUAUUACAAAGCAAGUAGCAAGAAGGAAGCGUUCUACUGUUCUUACUACAAAUGUUUAGAUUUAUAUGAAGAUUUUCAACGACAACAACAUUUGGCACAAAGAUCUGUCAAUCUGGUUACAGAACGCGCACUUUUGGAUAAUAUUGGAAGCUUGGAGAAGGAUGUCCGUUAUCGUGAAAGAGGCCAUAUAGGUGAACCCUCCUCAUCCCAUGGCACUGUUAUCAAGAAAAUUGAUGCACACUUCCUUGCAGUGUAUCCUACGGUAGUUUAUCCAACAGUAGAUUAUCCUACAAUAGUUUAUUCUACGGUAGUUUAUCCUACAGUAGUUCAUUCUACGAUAGUUUAUCUUACAGUAGUUUAUUUUACGGUAGUUUAUUCUACGGUAGUUUAUUCUACGGUAGUUUAUUCUACGGUAG